AUAGUGACGUCACUUUCGACGACCGUGACGUCAUCUAACGCUUCCCGUACGACUCUGACAGGCUCAGAACCUGACGACAUACUCUUCAUCACCGAAUCACAAGACAAGCUUAUACUAACCAUCCAGACACCUCCACCAAUACAACAGUAAGCAGACAUGUACAGGAAAGAACGACAAAACAUAUCAAACAACAAGGAGCGCAUUAGGAAACAACAUGGUGGAUUUCCUUAGCAAUGUUGUCCACAAUGAAUAUGUUAUUCUUGAUAUAUGUGGUGGUAAUGCUGAGCGCCAUGCAGCAAGGUCCUGCUGUAUAUCGGAACCUUACGUGCGUGGAGCCCGAGCCAGGAUAUAACCAGGCCGAGAAAGUUUGUCCAACGCCUGUCACCCUAACAUGGCGACUUGGAAAUGAAGUAUUUUGUACCCUGCUGUGUGUGCUUCUAGCCCUGCUGUUUGGCUUUGCGCCGUCGAUUGUGAAAAGCGCCAAAGAGAAAUGGUCAAUGUUCCAAGAAUGGAGAGCUCGUCCUUCCAUCUGCCGCCACUGCGGAACUGCCCCGUGUCAGGUCAAAAGAAGAUGCUUAUGGAAGCCAUCCAAAUCUCGUAAGAGGGACAAAGCCAAUUUCGCGGAGCGGUCAAAGGCCAUGAUGUUGUUUAACUACGGACUAGCGUUUUCCUUUGAACUGACCAUGGAGCUGCCACUGGAUGACCUGUACUGGGAGAGGAGAUUCUGUGAUCAAUUUGAGGAGAAACAUAUGGUUCUGUUCCCACUGUGCAUCCAGCGUCAGAUCAACUACUGGUACCCCGUCCCUCGCUAGAUUGUUUGUUCCGGCUUCCGAGGAGAAUGUUGAGAAUAUUGAUGAUGAUAGAUAUGAUUUUUCAUAUAUUUUUUAACAAUCAUAUCGAUUCAGGUCAGUUCUAUUUCCGUCAGUGGUCUGAUGUUUUGUCAAUUCGUAGAGAUGAUCAUCUUUUGUGAAAUUGCAAAAUUUUGGCUAUUCAGUAAAUGUAUAUAUUGGUCUUCUGUGAUAAG